AUGCCCCAGCUCGGCGGCGGCGGCGGCGGCGGCUCGGGCGCCGGGGCGGCCGGCGGAGGGGACGACCUCGGGGCGAACGACGAGCUGAUCCCCUUCCAGGACGAAGGGGGCGAGGAGCAGGAGCCGAGUAGCGACAGCGCCUCGGCGCAGCGGGACCUGGACGAAGUCAAGUCGUCCCUGGUCCACGAGUCGGAGAACCAGAGCAGCAGCUCGGACUCGGAGGCGGAGAGGCGCCCGCAGCCCUCCCGGGACGCCUUCCAGAAGCCGCGGGACUACUUCGCCGAAGUGAGAAGGCCCCAGGACGGCGCGUUCUUUAAGGGGCCCCCGUACCCCGGGUACCCGUUCCUGAUGAUCCCGGACCUGAGCAGCCCGUACCUCCCCAACGGACCCCUGUCUCCCGGAGGAGCGCGCACGUACCUGCAGAUGAAAUGGCCCCUCCUGGAUGUCCCCUCCAGUGCUACCGUCAAGGACACCCGGUCACCGUCCCCCGCACACCUGUCGAACAAAGUUCCUGUCGUUCAGCACCCGCACCACAUGCACCCGUUGACGCCUCUCAUCACCUACAGCAGCGACCACUUUCCCCCGGGCUCCCCGCCCACACACCUCUCCCCAGAGAUCGACCCAAAGACAGGAAUCCCCCGGCCGCCUCACCCGUCGGAGCUGUCUCCGUAUUACCCGCUGUCUCCCGGAGCCGUCGGACAAAUCCCCCACCCCCUCGGCUGGCUCGUCCCACAGCAAGGACAGCCCAUGUACUCCCUCCCUCCUGGAGGCUUCCGGCACCCCUACCCUGCCCUCGCCAUGAACGCCUCCAUGUCCAGCCUGGUUUCCAGCCGGUUCUCCCCUCACAUGGUGGCUCCCACCCAUCCUGGUCUGCCCACCUCAGGGAUUCCCCACCCCGCCAUCGUCUCCCCCAUCGUCAAGCAGGAGCCGGCGCCCCCCAGCCUGAGCCCAGCCGUGAGCGCGAAAUCGCCAGUCACGGUGAAGAAGGAGGAAGAGAAGAAGCCCCACGUGAAGAAGCCUCUCAACGCCUUCAUGUUAUACAUGAAGGAGAUGCGGGCCAAGGUGGUGGCUGAGUGCACCCUGAAGGAGAGUGCCGCCAUCAAUCAGAUCCUGGGGAGAAAGUGGCACAACCUGUCCCGGGAAGAGCAGGCCAAGUACUACGAGCUGGCCCGGAAGGAGCGGCAGCUCCACUCGCAGCUCUACCCGACCUGGUCGGCCCGGGACAACUACGGUAAGAAAAAGAAGAGGAAGAGAGAGAAGCAGCUGUCGCAGACACAGUCCCAGCAGCAAGUCCACGAGGCAGAGGGUGCUCUGGCCUCCAAAAGCAAGAAGCCGUGUGUGCAGUACCUGCCCCCCGAGAAGCCCUGUGACAGCCCUGCCUCUUCCCAUGGCAGCAUGCUCGACUCCCCGGCGACCCCCUCCGCAGCCCUGGCCUCCCCGGCUGCGCCUGCUGCCACCCACUCGGAGCAAGCCCAGCCCCUCUCCCUCACCACCAAGCCGGAGGCCCGGGCCCAGCUGGCUCUUCACUCGGCUGCCUUCCUGUCAGCUAAGGCUGCGGCCACGUCCCCUGGCCAGAUGGGCAGCCAGCCCCCGCUCCUCUCCCGGCCUCUGCCCCUCGGGUCCGUGCCCACGGCUCUGCUGACUUCCCCCCCUUCCUUCCCGGCCACGCUCCAUGCACACCAGGCCGUCCCCGUGCUCCAGGCCCAGCCCCUCUCCUUGGUCACCAAGUCCGCCCACUAA